ACAUAAGGACCGGGUGGUAAAAAUACACCACAAUAAUAUAAUCCAUUUAUAUUUCUAUUAUUACAUUUUUUUUAAUAUCUCGUAAUCACAAAUAUAUAAUAGAGUUUUGUAUGGGAAAAGAACCACAGUAAACUAGAGGAGUGUUUGAAACUCAUGGCGAUUCAGGCAUGGUUGAUGGACGAUUGCAAUGAAGAUCCAAGGCUUCCUCACCUUGGCAACACCACUCAAUUUGUUUCGUUGGAUCAAUUAGCAGAACUCGGGGUUUUAUACUGGAACCUGAAUCCUAAUGACUAUGAAAACGAUCCAGAAUUGAAGAAAAUUAGGGAAGCUAGAGGAUACAGUUACAUGGAUGUGCUUGAUUUAUGCCCACAGAAAGUUGAAAAUUACGAAGAGAAGUUGAAGAACUUCUACACUGAGCACAUUCAUGAGGAUGAAGAGAUUCGGUAUUGUUUGGAGGGGAGUGGCUACUUUGAUAUUCGAGACAAAGGUGAUCGUUGGAUUCGCAUUUGGAUCAAGGCUGGUGAUCUUAUCAUUUUACCAGCCGGAAUCUACCAUCGGUUCACUCUUGACAUGAGUAACUAUGUGAAGUUAAUGAGGUUGUUUAUGGGGGAGCCAGUAUGGACGGCUCAUAAUCGACCACAGGAAGAUAACCCUGCUAGAAAGGAAUACAUUAAGGGCUUCACUGAGAAAACUCGAGUGCCGCUUGCAGCUCAUUAGGCCCUUAGAUAUCUUGUUUGGGACAUUAUAACUUUAUAGUUUGUGAAGAACUCUCUAGUAUGUUAUGUUUAUUGUAUAGAUUUUGUCAUAAGAGAAGACAUAUGUAUGAACCUAAAACAGAUCAAGCUUGGGAAGAAACUGUCUUAAAAAGUCUUGAGAGCAUUAGUAAAUGUUAUUUUAUGUCUGUGUUUGUUGUUCAA